AUGGAUAUUUGGGGUGGUGAUUUGAAAGAACUUUUGAACUCUACGAAAAAGGGACCGGUUGAUAGCGGGAAAUCCUACUUGAAGAGACAACUUCAAGGUGUUCUGGUCGUGCCAAAACAGCAACAACAACGGACAGAAGCGAAGAUAGCGAAAAUCGAUAGUGUAUCCAGUAGUGACUCUGUUGUAUCAAGUAGCAAAGAUACUUCAAAUAGUCUCGUCAGCAAUCCUCUAAAGAAUGACAAAUCAGAAACAAGUGUAGCGACUGAUAAACACACUUCUUGUACAAACGAUAAUGACGUCCAAAUGUGUUCAUCCUUACCCGGAAUGGUGUAUUCAGACCAUAGUGAUAGUGAUUAA